GUUUGCAUACUAGUGGAGUAAAAUAUGCUGCAUGUCGACUAUUUAAAACAAUCUCAUCGCAGACUCUACUCAAUCAUAUCUAUAACCUUGUUAAGAUUCCAAGUUCAGAAUACAAUGGAUAGAACACAUGGAAGAUUUUUCAUUUAUUGGGCAGUUAUUUCAGUGAAUGUAUUGUCGUUCAGUGCUGGGGUCGCUUAUUCUUGGUCCUCACCAAGUCUACCGAAGCUAAGCAGCCAUGACCCUCAAGUUAACCCGUUAUUUCGACCAACCACAAUAUUCGAAAAUUCUUGGAUAGCUGCCAUCCUCUCCUUGGGCUGCAUAUUCGGAUCCCUCAGUUCAGGAAUGGUAUCUACGUCAUUCGGAAGGAAAAAAACUCUGAUAAUGUUCAGCUUACCAAUGAUCCUAUGCUAUGUUCUGAUAGCGUUAGCUGAAACUGUCAAUGUCCUGUACGUUGCCAGGUUUCUGCUAGGACUUGGAACCGGUUGCAUCUACUCGGUUCUACCAAGUUAUGUCGGGGAGAUAUCGGAGGACUCGAAUAGAGGAUUUCUUGGUAAUUUCAUGGGGGUAUCUCUAAGUCUAGGCAGCGCUUUCUCUUAUGUUGUGGGUCCUUUCGUGAGUGUUCGAAUGUUCAGCAUAUUUCAGCUUGUAUCGCUCUGUAUAGUGUUCUUCACUUUCGUGCCAUUCGUACCUGAAAGCCCUUAUUAUUUCGUCUCGAUCAACGACCAUCAAAACGCACAGGAAUCCUUGAAGAAACUGAGAGGUAGGACAGGGCCAACUGUGCAAAAAGAACUUAUAUACAUCAAAGAAUACGUGGAGGAGACAAGGAGCAAUAAUGUGCCACUGAGGGACGUUUUGAAUGCUAAAUCCUCACGAAGAGGUCUUGCUGUAAUUGUUGGACUGAUGGUAUGUCAACAAUUGUGUGGAAUAUGCGCAGUCCUCUCUUAUAUGCAGUCUAUAUUUGAGUCCACAGGCACCAAUAUUCCUCCAGAAAUCGCACCCAUUCCUGUGACCACCAUCCAGACGGUAUCUAUGUUUAUUUCUACUUUCCUUGUUGAACGACUUGGGCGUAAGCCUCUUCUACUUAUUUCAUCUUCUGGUGUGUGUUUAGCACUUGCAUCUCUUGGAACGUAUUACUUUUUAGAGGAUAAUGAUUUCGAUACCAGUAGUAUAUUUUGGUUGCCACUUUUGAGUUUGGUGUCAUUCAGUAUUUUUUUCAAUAUCGGCAUGGCUUCUAUACCUUGGACCCUUUCUGGUGAAUUGUUUCCUUCGAACGUUAAGGCCAUUGCUGCAAGUAUUUCUUCGUGUGUUUGCUUUGUUGGAUCUUUUAGUAUAACAAUGGGAUUUCCUUACAUGACAUUACUUCUGGGUAUGGCUGGUUCAUUUUGGUUUUUUGCCGUUUGUGCGGGAUUCACUUUUGUUUUCAUUAUUGUUAUGGUACCAGAGACUAGAGGAAAGAGUUUUUCCGAAAUUGAAAUGAUGCUUAAUAGUGCGAAUAAGAUUUGAUUGUUGUAUUUUUUUAUUUUCAUUUGUAUCAAAACCUGAAAUAAAUUGAAAAAAUGUUGUAUAUAUAUACCGUGUAUUCAUAAAGC